CAAAGUUUGACUAUGUUGACGCCUAUCAAGUAAAUUGAUGUAGACGCCUAUACUUGGCCUACACCUUGGCCUACACCACUGCUUGCCUACACUUCAACUUGUAAACGCCUAUCUCCGGCCGCCGCUGAUCCAGAUCGCCGCUGAUUAUCGCAAGCAGGGCUCUGUCUCAAAGUGAUACAGCAGGAAUACUCUCUGAGUUUGUAGUCAUGGUGACUGUGGAGAUAUAUGAGUUUGUAAGACUAUUCUUUGAGGUUCCGAUCUACCACUUGAUAUUGGAGGCGGUGCUCAUCAUCUGGGUGCUUAGUCUGAUUCUGAAAAGGACUAAAAAAUCUAAGUCCUCGUUAUCAGAGAAGGCCAGCCUGUGGGAUAGGCUCUCUGAGCAUGAGAAGGAGGAGCUCAUUCAAGAGUGGACUCCUGAGCCCCUGGUGCCUGAUGACGCUGACCUGAACCCCAUCAAAUAUGACGUCAUCCAAGGAAAGGUGGGGAAGCACGUGACUAUCGGAGGCCGCCAGUACCUGAACGCCGCCACGCACAACUUCCUGGGCAUGGUCGGCGACGACCGGGUGGAGGAGGCGGCCGUUCGCUGUCUGCGCAAGUACGGCGUCGGCUCGUGCGGGCCGCGCGCCUUCUACGGAACCAUCGACGUGCACCUGGACUUGGAGAAGCGCGUCACCCAGUUCCUGGGCACAGAGGAGGCGGUGCUGUACUCGCUGGGAUUCUCCACCGUGGCCAGUGCCAUACCCGCCUACGCCAAACGGUCGGACGUCAUCUUCGCAGACGAGGCGGUGUGUUUCGCCAUCCAGAAGGGUCUGCAGGCGUCCCGCAGUGAGAUACGCUACUUCCGCCAUAACGACACAGCCCACCUGGAGCAGCUGAUUGAGGAGCACAACAAGGCCAGCAAAAAGCUGAAGCCGAAGCAGGCGGCGCUGGUGCGCCGAUUCCUGGUGGUGGAAGGUAUAUACGCCAACACGGGUGCCGUGUGCCCCCUGCCCGAGCUGCUGCGACUCAAGGAGGCCCACAAGCUGCGCCUGUUUGUCGACGAGUCGCUGUCGUUCGGAGUGCUGGGAGACACCGGACGCGGGCUCACCGAACACUUUGGAGUCACGGCACGUGACGUGGACCUGAUUUGUGUCAGCAUGGAGGCGUCGCUGGGCUCGGUGGGCGGAUUUACCACCGGAUCCUUCUACGUGGCCGACCACCAGCGGCUCAGCGGACAGGGUUACGUGUUCUCGGCCGCCUUGGCACCUCUGUGCGCUGCCGCUGCCAUGUGUGUCAUCGACCAGCUGGACGAACAGCCCGAGAUGACGGCCAAGCUGCGCAGCGUCUGUCGCGCCAUGCACAAGGCGCUGGCAAACAUCGACGGUCUGGAGCUGUGCGGUGACGAGGUCUCGCCGGUCAAGUUCCUACAGCUGUCCAAGCCGCGGCUGGAGCGGCAGCAGUCUGAGGCCGUCCUUCAGAACAUCGUGGACCAGUGUCGGGAGGCCGGUAUCGCCCUGACGCGUGCCCACUACCUGGAGCCGGAGGAGCACCGCCUGCCUCCGCCGGCCAUCCGCGUCACCUGCAAUAGACUGAUGGAGCCAGAGGACAUCCGCAGCAUCGAGACGGCGCUGACCAGGGCGGCCGGAGCCGUCCUUGGAUAGAUGGUCUGAACCUGUCCGGUCUGACCCGACCCGGUCAGACACCUGGCCCAGCUCGGCCUGACCUCAGUCAGUUCUGCGUGACCUCACUCGACCUGGUCUGACCAGCUCUCCGCCUAACCUGGUCGUGACGUCCAGUCAACGAAUAACGAGCGAUCGAGAGACGUGAGCACAUGAGAGCGAUGCUGUGACACUAAAGGCAUCAGACAUUGGGUAUGGGAACAUGGGGACUAAACUGGGAGUCAUGGGAAGGUGCGGCUGCGGUAACUGCUGUAUGGGAGAGAAGAACUGUUAGUCGAUGGGUUCGUUAGUGCUUUGAGAUUAGCCUGGGAUACUCCCAAAACACCGUCCGUUGGGACUGUAUGGCGGUUCAGCUGAUGGGUUGACGGAUAUAGAAGGUAUAGAAGAAGGAAGGGUAGAGAAUGGUGUACUUACCACAUACCAACGGCCUACGUUCUGGGACUAACAGGGACCUCGGUUAAUAGGUGGAUUGUAGCGAUGUGUGGUGAUUAUAAUGACACUGCCAACUGCACCGAUUGUGAAUGUGAUGUGUCCUUCGCGUCCAGCAGUCCUGGAAAACAGUUGGUGCCUGUUACUCCGCUAGGUGCCAUUCCAGCCAUGUCACAACCUCUGGGUGCCAGCUGGCUGACGGGACCGAAGUGUCCCUUCGUCCGCGUGCCUCGGGUGUUAUGUCUCUGUGGGUGGGGUUACCGAUCGGGAGAUCGAAAACGCACCAUACAUGUCGGGUUUUCGAGUGAUUUGCUACACGCACGCACACUGCACAGGGCUGAGCGUUGUUUACUGGAGGUCAACUGUCGUUCAGUUGUGUUGCCAUAAGAUGAUGGUAUCAGGGUGCCUUUGCGAGUUCAUAAUACCACGCACAUACAGUUGAACGGCGGUAUUGGAGGGUUUAUACUUUAAACACUCGUUUAGCGGCCAGUGUGCUUUUUCACAAUGGUCACGCCGCAGCCUUUUUCGAAGCACAGCCUUGAUUUUCUGCGAUGUGCCGUGCCUUAUUGCUUGUUACGGAACCUUACGAAUCAAGUGUGGUAACUUUUGCACGAGCUUGUUACGCUUCCAUGUAUCGCAUUCGUCAUGAUUUGCAGGUUUUCUUACGGCAUUGAUUGUUUUGUAUUUCGUUCUACAUAUUUGUUUGGACUUAUAACGUUUUGAUGAACGCUUUGUAUGUUUGGUCUCAAGGCAUUUGAUUCGAUGUUACUGCUUCCGGUAUUACUGUGGUGUAUGCAUAUACAUAUUUGUGCCUGACUUGAAAUAUUUCAGAUUUGCUUAGGUUGAUUCUGCAAUUAUGUUAGUAGAAUAUAAAUGGCACGACCGUCGUGGAAUAUCGUAUUUAUCGUCGUCACAUUGUGUAUAUCGUUGGGACGUGACAGUUACUUUCGUUUGCA